AAUUAUAAAUAUAGUUAUCUUAUACACUGCCAAUAAAGACUGUAUAAGGCUAAAUCUACACAAUGUCUGUAUUACGCCGUUUAUUCAAAAGAGGUCCCAAGAGCAAGCCAGCAGAAACGAGCCAAGAACCAGAGAUGACUACCACUGACCCACUGACAGAGAUUACACAGAAGACCAAUGAGAUAACUCUCACAGACACCCCUGCAGCCAGUGCUAAUGCUCCCUUCGAGACAGCCACCUUUGCGAUGAGCUGAUUCUGGUUCCCCGAGGCACAGUUUGGGAGUGCCCCGGGGGUUCUGAGGACCAAGGUGGGAUUUACUGGGGGGAAGAAACGAGGACCGACGUAUCACAGUCUUUUUGGCAAACAUUUCUCCCUCAGUGGGGACCACACAGAGAGCAUGCAGAUUGAGUACGACCCCAAGGUCACAACUUACUCGGAGAUGCUCAAAUUGUUCUGGCAAAACCACGACUCCACGCGUUGUGCCUCGAGGCAGUACAUGUCAGCCAUCUUUUAUCACGGUGACGAGCAGAAGCGAUUGGCCGAAGAGACAAGAGAUGAGAGACAGAAGACUGCGAGCAAGAAGAUAGUGACAAAAAUCGCAGAGGCAGAGACAUUCUACGAUGCUGAGAACUAUCACCAGAAGUACCUCCUGCGUCAACAGAGGGACGUCUGUGAUGCCCUGGGGCUGUCAGACAAGGAGAUCAUCACCUCACACAUUGCCACCCGUCUCAAUGGCUACGUAGGUGGUCAUGGUAGCCUCGAGGCCCUGGAAAAGGAGAUGCCAUCGUUUAAUCUCUCCACUAAGCUACAAGAGCGUGUGAAAAGCCUGGUCGGACGUGGAUCCGGCUGGUGAAACUCAAAACUCUAAAAUAUUAUAUUAUAGAAGCUGCAUCACGUUUUAUUUUAUUACAUGUCCUGUUAUUCACCGAUUAUUUGUUUUAUAGCUCUAACUGGCUCUUAUAGUGUGUGUUUCUUUACUUUGUAAUGGCCGUUUUGAAGCUCUCUGGUUAAUUCAAGUUAUACCUUGAGGCCAGAGAGUGGAUGUUUGUGGCAUUCUGUGAAGAGCACUUGCUUGCAUUGCAUAUACAGUGUUGUUAUUAUCCAUUAUUAAUUGACGAAUAA